AUGCCGACCUCGGCUCAGAGGCAUGGAGCUGGAGUUGGAGCUCCGGUUCAGGCUCAGGCUCGGGUUGGGAAUCCCACGGCUCAGGCGGAUCAGCCUCAGUGGGACACACGGUCAGGCUGGAGAUGGAGGUCAGACUCACACCAUCCGAAGCCAGGCUCAUCGAACCAUAACGUUACGAAGCCUGAAGGCUCAUCGAACCAUAACGUUACGAAGCCUGAAGGCUCAUCAAAUCAUAACGUUACGAAGCCAGGCUCAUCGAACCAUAACGUUACGAAGCCUGAAGGCUCAUCAAAUCAUAACGUUACUAAGCCAGGCUCAUCGAACCAUAACGUUACGAAGCCAGGCUCAUCGCACCAUAACCAUAAUGAAACGAAGCCAGGCUCAUCAAAACAUAACGAUUCGAGGUCAGGCUCAGACGAUAACGAUUCAAGGAACCCGGUCUUUGCAACACCAAGAGAGGUCGUAGUGGGAGGAUCACGUGGAUGGAACUACGGGGUGGAUCUUGAAGAAUGGGCUUCCAAGACUACUUUCCAUGUCGGCGAUGUUCUUGUUUUCGAGUACAACAAUAUGACAAACCGAAGACAUGACGUGUACUUGCAAACAAAUCUGUGGAGUUACAGGACCUGCAACUUCGAAAGUAGAAAUAAGAUUGCUUCAUCGGAGGAGAAUGGAUCUAAAGAGAGCUUCAAAUUUACUCUUGCAAUGUCACAGCCUUACUCUUUUGCAUGCGGAGAGGAUAACGGCUAUUAUUGCCGUACCUAUAACAUGAAGUUCAGCGUUCUCCCAGGCGCCUGA